CCAGUGCAGCUCAUACAGGGCCAGUUCGCCGGCAGGACACUGCGCGGGGAGCUGCGUGAAGUACAACAAGCUCAUAUAGGUCGGAAGUAUAUGACGAAAGACCGACGUCCCCUGGACCCUCCUCCAGUAGCGCAGCUAAGACUCUUAUGCGUGUCCAGUGGCAUCUUUUCCAAUCGGGAGGAGGAAAUA